AUGGCUUCGCUACGAAUCCCAGCCCUCCGUCGGCUUAUCGCCACUCCACUACGCACUACUCGAGCUAUCAACCAGCGACGAUGGGCUCAAGUCCACGAUAUCCGUUUCCUCGCAACAACUCAACCUUCGCAAGCUAUCGUCGAGAAGUACAAAGAGAAGCUCGCCAAGAAGGCCCAAAAUGAAGGCCUCGAGAGCAUUGACCAGCUCAAGGCUGCCUACGCCGACAAGAUCGAUGCCGAACGUCGUAAGAAUACUAUUGAGAUUCCUGUGGGAACCGUUCCCCAAGCACCCGAAACUCCAAUCAUUCAGCCCAACGCAGACAACCCUCCUGGACAAGACGAGCCUACUAGAGAUCCUCGCGAUGCUCCCACAUCACCUCCUAAGGGUCCCCCAACUGGCGCUGAUAAGCCAGCUAUCAAGACACUGGGUGACAUCAUCGACCUCCCCAAGGUGCGACAGCUCCCUGACCAGGAGCUUACAAAUGUCUGGCGUCUACUACAUGCCUCAUCUGAGCAGAAUCUCUGCGCCGUGAUCCCUACAUCUACAUACAAGACCAUGGAGGAUGCUGCACGAAAGGCCCCCCAAUUCGUUCUCCCCGUGCCACACCCUGCGCAAGGUGCCGAAAUUCACUUUCUACAGUGGACAUUUGACGCUGAGUCCAAGACAACCACUGUUCUCUUCACCCAACUCGCGGAGUACAAGAACCGAGGCGAAUUUGCGCAGCCCCAUACCACCGUCACUCAUCACAUGGAUCUUGCCGAUGACCGAGGUCUUGUUCUGAUGCAAGGCCAGGUCCUCCCUGACCGAGGUGUCACACCAGAGAAUGCCAAGUGGCUUCUUAUGUCUCUACAGCGAUUCUAUGGUGCAUGGGAAGGUGAGAACGCUGAGUCGAGUGGUGAGCGUAAUGACAGAGCUGAGGAACGAAAGAAGCUGCUGAACUGGUUCGCAGCCGGUGACGAGCGAUUCAGCGUUGACAAGCUCCUGGAAGAGACUGAGCGCAUGGGGUGA